AGCUCCUGUGGUCACACUGACAUUUAGCAAACAGCGCUGAAAAAUAAGAAUAAAAUAAACAAUGAGCAGUGAAAAGGCUGAAAAAGCCAAAGUCAGCGCACAAAUCAAACAUGUGCCCAAGGAUGCACAGGUUAUUAUGUCCAUACUUAAGGAACUCAACAUCCAGGAAUACGAGCCGCGCGUCGUCAACCAAAUGCUCGAAUUCACAUUUCGGUAUGUGACCUGCAUACUGGAUGACGCCAAGGUAUAUGCGAAUCACGCGCGCAAGAAAACCAUCGAUCUGGAUGAUGUACGCCUUGCCACUGAGAUGACUCUGGACAAGAGCUUCACGGGGCCGCCAUCACGUCAUGUGCUGGCCAAAAUGGCCGAACUGCGCAAUGCUAUGCCACUGCCGCCCGUCAAGCCGCAUUGCGGUCUGCGCCUGCCUCCCGAUCGCUAUUGUCUGACCGGUGUCAACUACAAGCUGCGCGCAACAAAUCAACCCAAAAAGAUGACCAAAUCCGCGCUCGAAGGACGCGCUGUGAAAACGGUCGUGAAGCCGGUGUCCAGCGCCAAUGGACCCAAACGCGCCCAUUCAAUUGUCUCCAAACAACAGGUGGUUACCAUACCCAAACCAGUCAUUAAAUUCACAACCGCAACGAAAACGGUCAGCGCAAUGGAGGUCAAGAGCGAGCCAAACGCCAGUGACAUGAAAAUGGAGGUGGACAGCGAUGCGGCAGCCGUGGGCAGCAUUGGUGGCAGUAACGUGGCUGUAAAGCGGGAACGCGAGGAGGAGGAAUUUGAAUUUACAGCGAACUGAGAAUAUAUAUGUCUAAACUAAUGUACAUUAAGCAUAUAUUUGUAAAUUUAAAGGAUCUGAACGGAUAAUACGUUUCGGCAUUUCGAAAACUUUUGUAUUUUGUUCAAUUUCCAUAUGACUAUAAAAGUAGAGUUUAUUAGCUAA